AUGUUUCCAACUAUUGCUAGGAGACUCGAAGAUAAGGACGAGCUUAGACUAAGAGAAAAUGAUCAGCUUGGAUCCAUAUCUGUCCUUCCGCUCGGGCACGACGAGGAUGCCUACUACCAGUUUAAGAUAAUUGUUAUCGGACCUUCAGGAGUAGGAAAAACGAUGCUGCUUCAAUACCUGAUGAAACCGGAUACAGAUAGACUGGAUACACUGCAAGCCACAACCAAACUUCGAAUGGACAUCUCGAGUCGUUUUAUGACGAAAGACGGUGUUUUGUUGAAGGCAGAGAUAUGGGACACUGUCGGUCAAGAAACUUAUCACUCAAUCACCCCUUCGCUUUACCGGGAAGUUAACGGGGUAAUGUUGGUCUACAACUUGGCAAAGAGAGAAACCUUCAAUCCCUGCGAAAGCUGGCGGGGGGUGCUCGAAGAGCGUGUUCAAAAUCUUGGGCAAAUACCAGUUAUUCUUGUGGGUAACAACUCGAUCUCGAAGAUCAAAGAGAGGUCACAACGAAAGAAGGACAGAGCUAUGCGGGUGGAUAUCAUAUCUUUGGUUUCGAGGGUUUAG